GUGUGUGUGUAGUUGGCGGCAGGAGCAUCAGCAUUAGUAGUAGCAGUAGUAGUGUUGGUGGUGAUGCUAACGGGUGUGGUGACAGUGGUGUUGGUGGCGGUGGUGGUGAGAGAGGCGAGCGUGGCAGAGGUGGUGAAGGUGUCAGUGUGUAGGUUUGCAGCAAGGAAGACGAAUAAGUACAAGAGUUUCCUAUGUGCCAAGAAAGUAUGCAGAGCGGGGAGGCUUUACACCAUCAUGACCACCCCAUGACGGUGCCGCCCAGCCCCGCCCCUGCAGCAGCGUCUCCACCCAUAACCUCUCCUCCAGCCAUCGCCUCCCUGCCCGCCAACUCCCCGACACUCACCUCCUCCCCGCCCGUCACCUCGCCCUCACUGGCCUCCUCCCCGCCCCUCACCUCCCACGUCUCCCAGUCUCCCCUCACGUCCCGCUCCAACUUAAGAAUCACCGCCUCGUCCUUGGCCACGAAGCUACGUCUGAAUCAAGUGCAGGGCAACCACGCCGUGUCUCCCCCGAGGACGCCGCUCAUUGGCCACGACGAGGACGAGGGGCGGAGCGACAUCAAGGUUUUGUCCCCGUCAUUGGUCAACAGUCAGGUCCUGUCCAAAACGCGUCCGCUGUCCCCUGACCCGCCCGACCCGCCCCUCCCUCCGCCACCGCCGCCGCCGCCCCCCGUUACUGCCCUCUACAAUGGCGAGAGGUUACCGGAGCAGGAUGGCAUGCUGGGACGGGGGAGGGGCGAGGAAGGAAGAGGAGGAGGAAGAUACAGAGGAGGAGGAGGAAGCGAGGCGGGUGAUUCCCAAGAGGACCCGGAGAAGAUCACGAAGGGAAGAGGAAGGGGUCGGCGGCGGCAGAGGCAACACAAGCUGAAGUUCCACCACCAGGCGCUGCCUCCCGAGUACCUGGACCACUACGAGGCGUCCCUGCGCCAGGAGCAACGCGCCGCGGCGGCAGCGGCGGCAGCGGCGGCAGCUUCCCCCCCUGCCCCGCGACCCCCGCGCGAGUCUUUGGACCCCAAUCCCCCGCACGGAGCAGGAGCUGGAGUGCAGGGUGGAGUGCCGCGGCAGGGGAGGGGCGGGCGCGGGCGGGGGCGCGGGCGGGGUCAGCGUGCCCCGCGGCCCAUCACUAUCCACGAGGCGGGCGGGGCGGCCACCGAGGCUCUGCUGCGAGAACUGCUUCUGACCCGCCCACACCUGCAGCAGGCGGCGCUCACCCAGGCCGCCCUCGCCCGCGCCCAGUCUGUGCCCUCCAUCAUGCUGGCCACGCCACCCAGAGGACGCCGCGCCCCUAGCCCCGCCAUCCCUGCCCACGACCAGCAGCUGCCCUACAUGGGCGAGAUGCAGCUGGACGAGCGGCCUCGACGCGGCAGGAAGCCCAAGAAGGCCGACAUCACCCACCUUAUCUCGAAAAACUACGGCGUGGCGGGCCUGCCCGGCUCUGGGGCGCUGCACGAGGCUGCGCUGCAGCAGCUGCACCAGCAGUUGCAGCUUCACCAACAGCAACAACAGCAGCAACAACAACAGCAACAACACUACCACUAUCACUACCCGCCGGCGCAGCACCUCCCUGAACGUCAGCGGGGCAACGAUGAGGAGGGCGCCGCAGGAGUGCCGGAGGAGGGCCUCACUCGGGCCCGCAGCUACUCGUCGCUGCUGCACACGGCCCUCACGGCGGUGGAGGCCGGGGACCAGAGCGAACCCCUCAACCUGUGUGUGCGGGACGACCCGGGGCUCAAGUGCGACCCUGAGCACCCUGCGCAGGGCCACCACCACACCCCGCCCGUCAAGCUGGAGCCUGACGAGGACCCCCCCCGCUGUGGAGGCCGCGUGGGUGGGAAGCGGGCGGGGGGGCGGGCCCUACUGGCUGCAGGACUACCGCCUCAAGACGGAGGACGGACUCAGCUCAGGCCAGUCCACGCCCUCCCUUUGCUCCCAGUCCUCCCACCUACCCUCUCUCUCACCCCCCGCCUUUCCCCAUAUGUCCCCCCCGCCCCCCUUUCCCAUGAUGGGAUGCCCCCAGUCUCCGCCCUGUCCUUCCCCGCUGCCCGCCUCUCCCGCCCACCAUCACCGCAACGUGCACGCCCUCGUCAAGGAGUCUCUGCAGCAGCGGUUAGACGAGACGGCCAGGGAGCGGCUGUCCCCGCAGAGGGCGUGGCAAGGGCGCGGGGGGGCGAGGGGCGGGGGUCGCGGGCCGCCGGCCACGGGGCGCGAAGAAAGCGGUCGGCGCUGUUCAUCCCUCCCGCGGACCCCAACACUGAGGUCAGCAUCUGCAAGUUCAAGUUCACGGGCGGCCCCAACCCUGUGCUGGAGGAGAAGAAGAUGGUGAGCGUGGGGGCGGGGGGCCGCCUGCGCUACUGCGGCGCGGGGGGCGGGGCAGGCGGGGGGCGGGACCUGCGACUCUCGGGGAAGCUCAUUGAAAACAUUACCAAGUGUGAGAAAGACGUGAAGAAGAUUCGCCUGGAGAGUGACACUGAGGACACGUGCAGCCUGCCGGGCCUGGGCAGCGCCGCCGCCUCGCCCGUGCACACGCUGGAGCGUGGCACGGCGCCGCCCACGCAGGAGGAGUCCCCAAAGCGAAAACGACGCUCCAAAAAGUCUUCGGUGCGGGAGAAGCUGGAGCAGACGCUGCGGGAGCGGGGCCUGCUCAUCCAGACCCAACAAGUGGAGUCUGCCGAGGGCGCCACCUACUGUAAGUUUCGUCAACUGCGCAAGUUCACCCGCUACCUCUUCCGGAGCUGGAAGGACUACCUGCCAGGCCAGCUGCAGGAGGGCGGCGGCGGGCCCCUCGAAGGGUACUCUGACACCCGCGCCCCGCCCUUCCCCACACACCUAGUGCGGCAGCCACCCUCCCCCGACCACCGCUGACCCACCCUAACCGGGCACUGGCGGCCAGCAGCGGGGAGGGCGAUGAUGGCCCGCCGGCCAGAGGUCCUGCUGCAGAAAGUACAAGAGUUCGCCGGGGCGCGCCGUGCCCCUGUGAGGUACCCUGCGUGACCCUUGCCCACAUCCUGCAGCGGCGGGGGUCCCGGGCCCGGAGGUCAGGGCGGGGCGAGCACUCAAGUCGUCUUUCAUAACACAAACUGGAGAAGCCAUUCUAAAACGACUAAUACUCUUUCUUAGGAAGGUCCUAAUGUAAACUGUCGUCCUCCUAACCAGUCCAAAGCUUUAACGACUAUUGGCAUUACAAACCUGUUCGUUCCCAAGCUGUUCACGUUGACAUCGGUUUUGUUGCCCCUCGUAAACGAUAAACACCACGAGGUUUUCGUUUUACAAUUGUACAUUGUAACCUUUCCCGUUGGAGGACCCUCAGUUGUAGUAUUUCUAAUAAUAACGUCUCAGGUACAAAGUGUGUCGGGGCGCGGCGCGGGGCGGGGCGGGACGGGGCGAGGCGAGCCGGGGCAGGGCGGCCCCCGGGGCGGCAUGACCACCACCACGGGCAGGAUUGUCCCUAGAGUUACUCUUCUGUCAAACCAAGCUGUAUUCAAGGUAUUCAAGGUUGCCGAGCCACACCCGCGGUGCAAGCUAUGCCUGUGACCAGUGACCAGUGCUGCGUGGUGGGCGUGCAUGCGGCGCCUCGGGGCAGGUGGCCUGUGUGUGACCAGGGCGCCGGUGGGGACGAGGGAGGGGAAGAGUGCCAAACAGAUUAAGAAACAGAAAGAAAGUAGUACGUAUAAUGAGCCAGACAGCAAACACGCCCUGGCCGCUCCAUCACUGCCGCGGGCCGCCGGUUGACCACCACAGUGCAGUGUGCUGGCAACCCUCGUGUCGUGUGCUGAGUCUGCCACCACGGCGACGGCUCCCUCCGAGGGGCGGCACAUCUGCUGGUAACCAGGAGAAUAGAAAACCAAAUGCUGUGAUUCUCGCUAAUGUUCAGUUUUUAUCACGCUUGACCCUCGUUCAUGGCUCGGGCGGGCGGGCUGGCUCCUCGACCUGACCCCACGCACACACUCAUGGUGCUCCUUUGUCGGCCGUGAUGUGUGUCCUUGCUUUUUCAUUCUUAUCUUUUUUUUGUUUUUCAUUAAUGCGCAUCCCUUGGUUCUGGUGUUUUGUGAGUCACCUACAGUUUUUUUUAGUGUUUUGUUUAUUUUUUCUUUGUAGAUGAGACAGUGACGACCGUUUUUGUUCUUAGUGUUUUUUUUUUUUUUAUAUAAAAUUUUGACGUGUGAUAUUGUUUAGAUAGCAGAAUGCAAUAAUCUUUUAUUUGGGUUUUCUCCCUCCCCUCCCCGUAGUGUGUGUGCGUUGAGAUGUGUUGAUCACGUCAUGUAGAAAAGAGAAAAGUUAUAUUUACUGUUAAAUUAUCAAUGUAUACACAAAUUCCCGUCGAGUUUCGUGACGUGUUGUGAAGUUUCCCGCGUUUCAUGUAGUGAGAAAGUCUCUUUAUUGACUAUUUUUGUAUGUAUAUAUACGUAUAUAUAUAGAGAGAAAGACAAAUCCUAUCUGUUUUUACCAAAGGAAUGUUAUCGAAGAAACAAUAGAAAAUAAUAUCCAGAGUGGCAUUUAUCGAGAAACAGAACAAAAGCACAUAUAAAACUCCCUCCCAGAAAGCGGUGUUGAGGCGACGGCGGUGCACUGUGGGUGGAAAGCGAAACCAAAACAAGGGAGCAUCGCAUCAAGAGGUUCAAGAAGAGAUGAAUCCAAGUCGGGGAAGAAGGCAGCCUCGCUCGUGUCCAGACCAAGACCUUCCCGCGCGUCAACACACACCAAGACCUUGUGUACAUUACGUAUACCUUCUGUGUAUAUUUAUGCUCCAUAAUGCCUUGUAUAAACGACAUAGGACUAAUAUAUUUAGCCGAGAGGAAAACAGUAAUCCAGAAGGGUGAAGGGUAGGCGUGUCUGUGUGUGUGUCUGUGUGUGCGUGUGUGUGUGUAUGUGUGUGUGUGUGUGAAGGAAGUGAUUCGUGUGUGUGUGUGUGUACGUGUGUAGGGUGACGGAGAGGCGUGUUUGUUCAUGUGCGCGCCAAUAAGGGUGGUGGAGAGGCGCGUGUACGUGUUUAUGCGCACGUAC